AUGGCGUCCAAGCCUGUGACAUUACAGGUGCGCCCUCGAGGGAAGCCCAUUAAGACCCUCCCAGAGACUCUGAGCGUGGCUGGCAAUACAACAACGGCCGAAGUAUACUCGGAACUAGCGAAACAUAGCAAAUAUUCUGUACACCAGCUACGCGUGACAAAAGGCUCGGAUGGCACUGUCAUCCCAAAUGCCAAAGAUACCACGGUGUAUGUCACUGGGUUACGGGAUCAGAGCACGAUAUACGUCAAGGAUCUGGGAGCGCAAAUUGGAUGGCAAACCGUCUUCAUCAUUGAAUACGCUGGACCGAUCAUAAUACAUCCUCUGUGGCUUGCCCUUCGGCCGUACAUCUAUCCUGCAGCACCUCAAACCACGUCACAAGUCCAGAAAUUGCUCUGCUGGCUCGUCUGCCUACACUUCGUCAAGAGAGAGCUGGAGACGGUUUUUGUCCAUCGUUUCUCGGCGGCCACCAUGCCUUUCCGCAACGUUUUCAAGAACAGUUUCCAUUACUGGGCUCUUUCGGGAGCUUUAAUCGCCGCAUUCAUUUAUUCUCCAUCUUCUGCUGCUGCUGCUGGCCCGAACCCUGCUCUCAUAUAUUCGGGUUUACUUCUUUACGUCGUGGGCGAGCUCGGAAACCUGCACUCUCACCUAACCCUGAUGGGCCUCAGGUCGUCCGGAGGUAACGAGCGCGGAAUUCCACAAGGACCUUUCUUCAGCCUUGUCACAUGUCCAAACUAUCUCUUCGAGACGAUCUCAUGGCUGGGCGUGUACCUUGUGAGCGGUCUAAGCUGGGGCGUUCUUAUCUUCAUCAUCAUAAGCGUGCUGCCAAUGGCGCAAUGGGCUAAAAAGAAGGAAAGGAGAUAUCGCAAGGAGUUCGGAGACAAGUACAAGAAUAAGCGUUAUACCAUGUUGCCAGGCAUCUGGUAA